CUACUGUGGUAACCAUGUCCAACAGACCUUCGCUUUGUUCGUGUAAUUCCAAGACAUGCAGCCUGAUGUUCGGAAUCCCCGGCGUGCUCUUCGCUCUGUCGCUGGGCUUCACCUGCAUCGUCGCCGGGAGGAGGGCCUGCGCGGAGGAGCAGCUCAAGAAAAGGGAAGCCAGUGCGGACAAUUCCUCCGAGGGAAGUGCUUGUCUGCUGGUGGCCGUUGGAGGAUUUUUGAUCAUGUUUGCCAUCGCUCUGGCUCUACUGAUCCGGUGCCAGUACAGAAGGGCGCUCCUCAGCAACAGCUCGGGCCGCGUGAUCAACAGGCGACCGGCCAGAACGUCCAAUGUUCAAAGGGCGUCGCAGCAGCCCCUGGCGGUCUACCCGGGCGAGGCCGAUAUGGCCUUCCAGACGUCGCCCUACACCCUCACCGCCCCUUACCCGUCCUUCUAUCCGCCCCUCCAGAUAGCGCCCCUCCCGCAAGCCGUACCCGAGCACCCAGCGCCCCCGGGUUCCUCCUUCACGCCAGCCACGGAAGGAAUACCACGCAACGAGUCCUAUUCGGGAGCUUAGGACUCGUCACGCCUUACCAGUCCUCGCUCACUGACCCUGGCUUCGUGGCCUAUUACAAUUCACUUGGAUCCACCUCGGGGCAGAUGGGACCCUAUCCUUCCACAAUCACCGCGCAGGGAUUGGUCCCGCCCUAUCCUUCAACGACUAUAAACCAAGGUCUCAUGCCGGCCUAUCCCUCGACGACGAUGAACCCGGGUCUCGUGCCGCCCUUCCCUUCGCCGACCGAGAGAAGACGGAAUCCGGAGAAGAUGUCGCAUCAUAUUCUGCAACCGUAACCAUGAAUAAGG